CCAAGCGAGGGCUGCUGCGGGACUCCACGGGCUGUGUCACGGGGUCAGCGCUGUGCCAGACCAAGGACGUGCCACCCAGCCCUGGGGUGCCCUGUACCCUCGCUGCUCUGAGCCCAUCCAUCAACCUGCUCCAAAGCAUGAACCUGGCCCCGCAUGGAACAAGCCCCCAGCACCCGCCACGAACUGUUGAGACAGCAAGGAGCUGGCUGUGCCAUCCAUUACGUGGCUGUCCUGUCCCUCACACAGUUUUCCCAUCCAUCCAUCCAUCCAUCCAUCCAUCCAUCCAUCCAUCCAUCCAUCCAUCCAUCCAUCCAUCCAUCCCAGGGCUCCCACUGGCCCUGCUGCUCUGAGUUGCCAUGGCACUGCGCACCUCCCUGGUGACAGGGAUGAAACUGGAGCCAGCGGCGCCAUUGUGGGAUGUGCUUUCCCAGGAACAGGCCUGGCUUUGUCCCGGCCUGUGCCACCGCCUGCCACGCUCCUGUCUCUCAGAACCCGGCCGUCCGUCACCAGGGGCUGUGACCCGCUCCAGGCACCUUUCCAGGCAGCCCAAGCGCCUCAGACAUCCUCCAUCCCCGCAGCAGAGCCGUGGCUUGUGGCAGCAACGCGGCUGCGGCGGCGGGGAUGCCUCGUCUCUCUGCUCCCCGCUCUCGGCGCACUUUGCACCUGAAGAACAAACAGCAGGCUGCUGCUGCCCCUGCCCAUGGAUUCGGAAGAGGCUGCUGACCUGGGAGCGCAGCCCACCACCCCCAGAGCCCCCACAGACCCCACAGGAUCCACAGACCCCACUGCCCCCACAGACCCCACAGACCCCACAGACCCCACAGGACCCACAGACCCCACCGCCCCCAGAGCCCCCAUAG